AAGUUUGAUGUUACGACUCCCCAUAUCAUCUAUGCCUGUCUCGGCGGGUUCAUCGUUUUGUUUGGCAUGUUUUCCCUCUUUUUACGAGGAAGAUUGUACAUCGGAGAAGCAUGUUGGGCUUUUAUUUUCGGUAUCAUCAUCGGUCCCUACGCACUCGACAUAUUCAACCCUCGCACGUGGGGCAACGGAUCAGCAGAAGCCACCAACAUGAUCACCCUCGAAUUCACCUGCGUCGUACUAGCCAUUGGCGUAUUCGCUAUCGGAGUCGAGCUUCCAAAAGUUUACAUGCUACAGCAUUGGAAGUCAUUAUUCUUCCUCCUCGUCCCUGUCAUGACCUGGGGGUGGUUAGUAUCUGCAGGCUUAAUCUGCGCCUUAAUCCCCGGCUUAAACUUCCUAUCAAGUCUCGCAGUAGCCGCAUGCCUCACGCCUUCAGAUCCCAUCCUAGCAGCUGCAGUCGUAGGCGGGAAAUGGUGGGCCGACAAACACGUCCCAGCCCAUAUUCGACACUUGCUGGCAGCGGAGAGUGGGUGUAACGAUGGCGCGGCGUUCCCCUUCCUCUUCAUCGCCCUCUACCUCACGUUGGACGCUUCUACGGGUGCAGCUAUACGAGAUUGGUUCCUCAUUCUCUGGCUUUACCAGAUCGUCCUCGGCGCCGUCCUGGGCUCCCUCUUGGGCUUCAGCUUCCGCCACCUCAUGAAAUUCUGCCAACGCCACGACCUAAUCGAUCAGCACUCCUACGUAGCCCAAUACGUCUCCCUCGCCAUGCUCACAAUAGGCGUAACAAACCUCCUCAGCUCAGACGACCUCCUCGCUGCCUUUUUCUGCGGCACCGCUUUUGCAUGGGACGGGUUCUUCAAUCGUCAAACGGAAGAAUCGGUCUUUUCAAGCGUGAUUGACACACUAUUCAACGUCGCUGCAUUUAUAUUCGUAGGUGCUUGGAUGCUGUUUAACAAAUUCCAGGAUGCGGCGUUUACGUUGAGCGUGUGGAGGUUGAUUGUGGUUGCGUUGCUUGUGUUGCUGUUGAGGAGGAUACCGGUUAUUAUUGCGUGUUGUAGGUGGAUACCGGUUAUUAAUAAUUUUAGGGAGUCGGUGUUUUGUGGACAUUUUGGGCCUAUUGGGAUUGGUGCGCUUUCUUCCUUCCUCCCCCCUUGUCUUUUACUGAUUGAUGACGAUAGGUGGGAUAUUCAUAUCAACGCUCGCAACCCAAAUCAUCCACGAAUCCCUUGA